AUGGCCGACGAGGUUGUGGCACUUGUGGUGGACAACGGCAGUGGAAUGUGCAAGGCUGGCUUUGCCGGUGAUGAUGCACCAAGAUCGGUUUUCCCCUCCAUCGUGGGACGACCAAAGAUGCCCACGAUAAUGAUUGGCACGGAUACGAAGGACACGUACAUCGGAGACGAUGCUCAGGGUCGAAGGGGAGUGUUGGCUCUAAAGUAUCCCAUUGAGCACGGAAUUGUCACGAACUGGGAUGACAUGGAAAAGAUUUGGUCCCAUUGCUUCUACAAUGAGCUGCGGGUUUCGCCAGAGGAGCACCCUGUGCUUUUGACGGAGGCACCCUUGAACCCAAAGGCGAACCGUGAACGCAUGACUCAAAUCAUGUUCGAGACAUUCAACGUGCCUGCCAUGUACGUUUCCAUCCAAGCGGUUCUCUCACUCUAUUCCUCUGGCCGAACCACUGGUAUCGUCCUGGACAGUGGCGAUGGAGUUUCCCACACAGUUCCGAUCUAUGAAGGAUAUGCAUUACCUCAUGCAGUUCAACGGCUUGACUUAGCUGGCCGUGAUCUAACUGAGUACUUGAUGCUGAUCAUGAUGGAGAGUGGGUAUGCCUUCACGACAACUGCAGAGCGGGAGAUCGCCCGAGAUGUGAAAGAAAAGUUAUGUUUUGUGGCCAUUGACUUUGACAGUGAGUUGAAAGCUGCAAUGACGAGCGACGAUGGUAGAAAAACAUAUGAACUGCCUGACGGGAACAUCAUCUCGUUGCACACGGAGCGCUUUCGCUGCCCAGAAGUUCUCUUCCAACCAAGCUUACUUGGGAAAGAGGCGAUGGGGAUCCAUGACACCACAUUUCAGUCCGUGAUGAAGUGCGAUGUCGACAUACGUCGGGACCUCUUCUCCAACGUUGUGCUCUCGGGUGGUUCUACGAUGUUGCCAGGCAUUGGUGAGCGCAUGACCAAGGAGCUUAGUGCUCUUGCACCUUCCACUGUGAGGAUCAAGGUGAUUACUCCGCCUGAAAGGAAAUACAGCGUUUGGAUCGGUGGUUCCAUCCUUUCAUCCCUCACCACCUUCCAACAGAUGUGGAUUUCCAAGGCAGAAUACGAUGAGGCAGGCCCCACCAUUGGGCAGCUUAAGCUCUCAGGUUCAUGGAACCUCUCAUGGUGGUUUCAGCACUGUACAGUCAAGCGGAAGGACCCAGAGAUGGGAAGUUCCAGAGGAAAGAAGACACGCCGCAUGAUGACGGAUCUUGGACAAUGCGUUAGGGUGGACGACAGUGGACGACUACUUGACUGCCGUUGGCUGCAACCUUUGAGGCCAAUGCCUUCGGCGCCGAAUUUUCUCCACGAUGACAGUCUCCACCACCCAGUGAACAGCCAGGCAGAAAUGUCAUCCGCGUGGGGACCAGCCAAGCUAGAGCAGGCCAACAGCCUUCAGCGUCUUAGUGAUGCUAUUGCGCGAUGGCCUUUAUUGGUGGCAGUGUUCAGUUGUGCUGUGAAAGCCUAUGCCGCCGAUCUCCUCAUGCAGAAAGUGGUUGAUCGAAAAGACAAGCUCGACCAAAAGAGAUCGCUCUUGUUUUUAUCGUUCGGCGGUCUUUUCCAGGGCGGCUUUCAAUAUUUCAUCUGGAAUGUAGUGUUCGAAAGCCUUUGGCCUGGUCGAAGCAGAUACGCUAGCCUUUGCAAGCUGGCAGCUACCAACUUGAUCUCUGACCCAUUGUUCUUCUUCCCCACCUUCUACAUCAUGAAGGAGGCCUGCAUGGAAGGCGAGUCGCGUGGUCCUGUGGGCACAACUCAUGCAAUGAAAGCCAAGUGGGAACUGAAGCCCUUCACUGCAAAAGAAAAGACACCAUGGAAAGCAGCGGUCACAAGUGUCCGAAAGGAGCUGAAGGUCAGAAAACGAGACCACCCCGCACUCUUCAUGCUUGGCGCAACAGGGAAGCAUCUUUAUGAAGCUGUGCAGGAACAGUACAAAAAAGCCGGGAAAAAGAAUUGGAAGCUCAAGAAGUUUUCAAAGAAAGAAAGUGGACCGUGGAUUACUGCUGUGGCUAAUGCCCAGAAGCAGCUGCAUGCAAGAAAGCGAGUUCACCCAGCACUCUUUCUGCUUUCAGUGGUUGGGAAAGAGCUCUAUGAAGCGGCACAGGCAUUGUACACGAAUCCGAACACAACAAAGACAAUGAAAGCCAUGAAAGCAAUGAAGGUACGGGGCCAACAUUCAGCAGGACAUGACGAUGAGUUGGGCGUUUUGGCUGCCAGGCUACCAGUGCAUCUUCGAGUGCCCAAAGCUCAGAUUGCAGUUGCAGUACAGCGAUGUACAGCGGCUUCCAAUGCAUCCUGCAGUGCACACUUGAAUCACAUGAGUUACUUGAAUCAUCUUGAAUCAUCUUGA